ACCAUUCGGCAACACCCCUCUGUCAAAGCCCUAUUGACUCUUUCGCUUCUUCUCCAAAUCUCAGAGACACCUUUUUCGCCAUAUAAUCUUCAUUUGAGAUGGCCGAACAGGAGGAUCAGGACCCGCAAUACACCCCCGUCCACCAACUGACGGAUAAAGAUGUGAUCGAGACAAAGACGCUAGAGGAAGAUGAAGAUGUUGCUUUCAAAAUGCGUGCUAAACUCUUCCGAUUCGAUUCAACGAACAAUGAAUGGAAGGAACGGGGAACUGGAGACGUUCGUAUCCUGUCGCACAAGGAAACCAAGAAAGUCCGACUUGUGAUGCGACGUGAUAAGACCCUGAAGGUUUGCGCAAACCAUUACAUCACAAGUGACAUGCGUCUUCAACCCAAUAUCGGCUCCGAUCGCAGCUGGGUGUGGAAGGUUGCCGCGGAUGUAUCGGAAGGAAGCGCACAAGCUGAAACUCUCGCCAUACGUUUCGCGAACUCCGACAACGCCAAUCAAUUCAAAGCAGCUUUCGAGGAAGGGCAAAAAACGAAUAUUGAGAUUGCUGCAAAGGGUGGCCAAUCGACUGCGGUUGGGGCAGCAGCGCCAUCCACGGAGGAGUCAACG